AUGAGUGGAGGAUUUAACAGAGCACUUUCAAUAUUCUCACCAGACGGCAGAAUAUUCCAAGUGGAGUAUGCGCAGCUAGCAGCAGAGAGAGGGUCACCCGUGAUAUUCUAUUCUGACGGGAAGAGUAUCUGCGUGGCAAUUGAAAAAAGAGCCGAAAGUAAGCAUAAAAUACUCUCAGACCUGGACAAGUUCAAGGAGGUUGAGACAGGAAUAUAUCUUACAUUUGCAGGAAUAUGGCCAGAUAGUCUUAUAAUAAUAGACAAGGCUAUCUUUAUAGCCAGAGAGUAUGCAUACAGAAUAGGCGAGAGAAUAGAUAUAAUGAAGCUUUCUUUGGAGCUAGGGGACUUUAUGCAGAAGUACACAAUAACAGGAGGAUAUAGGCCAUUCGGAGUGAAGGUUGUUUUGUUUGGAUUCCAUAAAGACCAGCCAGUUAUUUCCAUGAUAGAGCCAGAUGGUAAUUAUGCAAUGUACAAAGGAGGUGCAAUUGGCACAAAGAGCGACAGAGCAGUUAAGGAGCUGGAGAAGGCAGAGGACACUCCUGCCAUAAUUGCCGUAGCAAAGACCUUAUACACUGUAGCACAGAAGGAUGCAAAUAAAAUGUCCCUAUUCCAGAUUACGCCAGAAGUAGCUACUAUACUUACUACAGCUGAAGUAUCUGAGAUAAUCGAAUCAUUCAACCAGUAA